AGACUCGUGGGGAUUCUUGGAAGUGCACAGUUUCCAUAAAAAAUUGGCAUGCAUCUGAGAGGGCAAGAAGAACCCCAUCAAUUUUGCAAGAAGUCUUUGCCUGCCAGUGGACAAGUAGGAGAGGGUUGCUCUUGUGGAAAAUAUUCCUGAAGGGAUCAACUAUUCAGACAGUGCACCAUCUCAUUUGUCUCUUUUCCAAGGCUGGAUGAAUUUGCUAAAUAUGGCUGAAAAGUCUGUUGACAUAGUAUCUUCCCAGUGGGACCUCAAUCACAGUCAUCCAUCAGCAUGCCAGGGUCAGCGUCUUUUUGAAAAAUUGCUUGAACUGGCAUCCCGAAAUAUUGAGAUAAAACUAGUGAGUGAUAUCCUGCCUGUGGAAUCAAAAGUAUUAAAUGACUUGAAAACAAAGGGUGCUGAAGUGCUGUAUAUGAACAUGUCAGCAUAUAAUGAAGGUCGCCUUCAGUCAUCUUUCUGGAUUGUUGAUAAACAACAUGUGUACAUUGGGAGUGCCAGCCUAGACUGGAGAUCACUGGGACAGAUGAAGGAACUUGGCGUCAUCGUAUACAACUGCAGCUGCCUCGUCCUGGAUUUACAAAGGAUAUUUGCCCUGUACAGUUCAUUAAAAUACAAGAAUAAAAUACCUCCAAGUUGGUCUAAGAGACUAUAUGGAGUGUACGAUACUCAGAAUAAACUGACACUGCAGCUGAAUGAGACUAAAUCAGAAGCUUUUGUGUCGAAUUCACCUAAACUCUUCUGCCCAAAGGACAGAGUCCUGGAUAUUGAAGCUAUAUACAAUGUUAUCGAUGAUGCAAAACAGUUUGUGUACAUAGCUGUCAUGGACUACCUGCCGAUCGUCAUCGACACAAAUGCUAAACGAUACUGGCCAUAUUUAGAUGGGAAGAUAAGAGAAGCUUUAGUUUUACGAAGUAUUAAAGUUCGACUUCUCAUAAGUUUCUCAAGAGACACAGAUCCCCUUACUUUUAACUUUGUUUCAUCUCUCAAAGCUAUUUGCACUGAAGUUCCAAGCUGUAGUUUGAAAGUUAAAUUCUUUGACCUUGAAGAAGAGAAUGCAUGUUUUCUUAAAGAACAGAAGAAUGCUUCCCUUCCCAAACUAAACCGUAACAAAUAUAUGGUGACUGAUGGAGCUGCUUACAUUGGUAAUUUUGAUUGGGUAGGAAAUGCAUUUACGCAGAAUGCUGGAGCGGGCCUUGUUAUCAACCAAGCAGACGCGGGGAACAGCACAAGCAUCAUAAAGCAACUCAAGGCUGUUUUUGAAAGAGACUGGUAUUCACAUUAUGCCAAAAGUUUACAACCAACAAAAAUCCCAAACUGCUUUAAUCACAAACUUAAUAAAGCAACAUCAAAUAAGACUGCCAUGAGCAAUGUGAAUUAGAAAGAAAGACUAUUUUACUGUUUAGUACAACAAUGAAGAAUUACAAUGGGUGUAGCCCUCUUUCAUAUUUACAGACAAAAGACUUAAAAAAGAAAAAAAAAAAAAAAAAAAAAGGUUGAUUGGGGGGUGUUUUUAGGAAAAAGCACACUUAUAUAAACUAUCUAAACUAUAUUCUCUAUAUUAAGACUUUCAAAUUUGUUACUUCUGACACUGAAUGUCAAUUUUUGCUUCCAUGUUAAUUUUAACGUUCCUCAUUUGGACUUAACAGAAACAGAAGAAUUGAUUGAGGCUGUUUUCAGAUUUUUGCUAAUUGUCAUCCUGGCUAGAACGAAUCUUUGACAGAACUAUGAUCCUAGCUAUGAAAUGGCAUUCCAAGAUCAGUUAUUAUUGACAUACAAGUAGAUGGUAGGUUUACCCUAUUAGAAAAGAUAGAAGAAUAAGCAAAUAUUCACCUAUACAAAUCAUCCCCUUUAAAUAAAUAUCCAGUCGUAUAAGUCUUUUCUAGUUUUGAACAUUUAGUUAAAGUAUCAUCUUUUCUAAAUAGCCUUAAAAUACAUUACAGUUAUGGUACUCGUAAUUCAUCUCCUAAGAGAAUAAGAAGGUUUUGAGGGACUGGUGUUGGCCUAAUCAAAUUCAUGAUAAUCCCUAAAACCUCUCAGAUAAAUAAAUUUUCAUCAAAGUAAUAUGGAUUCAUUUCAACGUUAACAGUUAUUUCUAAUUAUAGUAUUAUCUAACAAUGCACAUCUCUGUAUUAAAAGCAAAGAACUAGAGAUUGCAAGAAAAAUCAGUCCAAGAACAAAUUUUUCCCAAGGUAAAAGUUUGUCAAGUGUGAAGAAUAAAAAACAAAAAUGAAAUACUACUUUUUGGGAAAGUCAAGGGUUGAGCAAAAUUAUGCAAAAAUUGUUGUUAAAUGAUGAAUAUAUUCAUUUUCACACAUUUUUUCUUUCCUGUCACAUAAAAAAAUUGCAAAAUGGCUUUUUUUAAAUGUUGUCCACAUAGGCAAAUACAUCAGCAUAAACUGAACCAUGAGGCCUUCAUUCGGGCCACAGUUUCAGUUGGUAUUAACAGGCACCUCUACAAACACAACUCAGUUGCACUGAGAUGCAACUGUUCUGUAAAAGUGUGAAUUUGCUCUUUAAAAAGAUUUUUUUCCAGAACUGUAUUAGCUUAGUUUCUUAAUGAAAGUGUUUCAUUACUAUCCUGCUUCUGCUGAAGAAAUACAGCCACGAAAGCAAACUGCAUUCUCCAUUUUGUUAAUAAUUCAUGCAACUAUUUCCAAAUGCAGACUGCUGUCACCCGGCUGUAUAUUACAGAAGGCACGCUUUGAAAGCAGUGGGUUAAGAGAUACCAAAAUCAAAAGUGUCCCAAUGGAUUAUUUUAAUCUUAAAACCAAGUUAAAAAGCCACCGUGACUUUCAACAUACAAGUUUUAUUGAAAAGGUUAAAAAAGUCGAUUUUGUUUUAAAGUAAGCACAGUUUAGGAAAUUAGGAAAAGGUAAUGUAUGCACAACUUCAAAAUACUACUUUGCCAGCAAGAGAUAGAGACACACCAUGAAACUGGUUAGGACUACAAAAGGCACACUUUUAACAAACACUGUGCAUCUUUUGCAAUUUCCCAGAUGUAUAUCAUCUUACUAGAAAGAAUGAAAAAAGAAUUAGCUGUCAACAUUUACAGAAAAGAUUCUGCACAGCUCUAAUGUUGAAGAACAUUUGAUAAUAUUCAGAUAAACCCAUGCAAUUUCUUAGACUUCCCUCCUGCAGGACAACAUAUAUUCUGACAUUUGUAUAAGAAACAAACAAACAAAUCUAAAAAGAAAAAGGUUACCUGAGUCACCUUAAGGAUGAGAUCUUUGGAAAGACAAAAUUUUGCAUUUUCUUUCUUCUGUAUAUAACUUUAGUAUACGUAUUGCAAGACCGAUAGAGAUUCCCUAGCAGGAAAUCUAAGGUGUUUUUUUUAUUAUUAUUAUUAAAUUAAGAUACAUCCAGAUUCAUUUCUGGUGAAACUCUUAUCAAUUUUAGCCACUAGUUACAUCACCAGAUGAAUUUAGCCUUUGGAGUCAAUGUAAAAACAGGGAGCGAGGGGGUUAAGAACUGUUUGAGAUAGUUUUAAAUUUUCUGAGAGAACAGAAAUGGUCCCAAUGGAUGGGUUAUCUUAAAGCUCGAGAUAAAUUUACUACCAUGUUUUCACUAAGAUUAAAAAAAAAGACACCCACACCUCCCCACUUUUCAGAGUUGUUAGUUGUAGCACCUGAUGGCAAUAAUAUACAAGAAGAAUCAACAUAUUUUUCCCUCUUGUAUUAUCUGAUAUUAGGAAUGUGUUUUUAAAAUGACAUUAUGUACAAGUAAUGAAGAAUCUCAGUGCAACAGAAAUUUGUCAAAUGCUAAAGGUAAUCUGUCUUUUUCCAAAUCAGUAUUUAGUGAUGAGAUUAGACUGUGGAGUUACCACUGACCUUCUAUUUAGUAUAGCAAAUGAACAAUUCAGAUAUAGUAAUUUCACUGAACUGAUACAAUCUUAAACGUUAACUGAGGCCCUCAGUUAAUAACUGCAUUCUUACUGACUUGAACAAAUUCUGGUGCUUCAAUGACCUUCCUCCCCCCCCGGAAAAAAAAAAAAAAAAAAAAAGCUGAUAUGUAAAAGUACUUUUUAAAAGUAGUAUUACAUUCUGUUUUUAUGAUGGAAUGGUCGGGGUUUUUCUGAGGAAUUUUAAUGAGAAAUAGUGAAAUAGUUGUCAGCCAUCCUACAGCCGGACUGGCAGGCUCAAAUUUAAUUUUGUAUAAUGUAUGGAUUGCUAUUUUAAUAGCUAUUUACAACGGCAGCAGCUCCAAAGUAGUACAGAAGGCUUUGCUCUGUUACAUUAACCAAAAGACAAAGUGCAUCCUUGGACUUCAGCAAGUUGGAAAUUAAUGAAAAAACAAACAAAAAAGCAGAUUCUUUUUUAAAACUGUUACAGCCAAUUAUUUGUUUUAGGUUAGCAUUAUUCCCAUUUAACUAGAUUUGCUACAGCAGCCUCAAUUCUGGCUUCAGCUCCUUCUGUCAAUGUAAAUAAAUCCGUAGCAAAUCCAUUACAGUUAUUUCACGUUGGUUUAGCAGGGAUCAGUCUGGACCAGUUCCCUCUUGCUUUAGUUCUUCUGAAUAUCACCAUUGCACAGCAAAUUUCUAACCUUAACAGGAAUUUGCAUUCCAUAGUUUCUCACAGACCUCGCAGGCAUAAAAUCCAAAAGAUGCACUUUCUCUAACCCCCUUCUAACUGGUAUUGGUAACUCUGUCAUAUUAAAGGCAAUUUCCUAAACAGAACGGCUUUAUUCUUAAAGAAUACAGACUGUAACUGUUGUUUGCUGCAAACAUUUACUAGUGCCUUAUUCAUAGAAGUUUUUGUUUAACUGUUCCUCACGUGAAGUCCUGCUAACAUCUUGUAUCUAGUACUGAAAGGCAUACAGCAAGCUUCCUAAGAAAGAAGACUACACAUUGUGAUGUUUACAGAUUGGUACAUAGCUCUAGAGUCACAAAAAACAAACGUGAUAUGUUGGUCCAAACCACAAGCACUUAAACCCAAGCAUUUUUAUCCAAGUGCAGUUCCUUAUUUCACAAAUUACUCCUGCCUUUAUUAUCAACUAAUCUACAACAUGAUUGAAGCAGUCUGUACUGCCAAGGUGUAAAAAUAAAUAAAAUCCCAGUUCUCCCAACACCUGGCUGGCAGCAAAAGGAUCACCACAGAAAUUCCUUUCAACCAAGGGUGAAGCCCAAAUCUCAUAUACACCAGUUACUUUACAAAUUUCACAUGUUAUGCCUCAAGCUGUUUUGGGCAGGUUACUACUUUUUUCUGCCUUGUGCAUGUACUCUUAUUUAUCACGCUGCAAGCCAAACAACAAACAGGUAUUUGGGGCUUUACUGUUGGGAGUCUUUUUGGUGGUUGGGGAAGGGCAUUGUUCUCGUCUUUAACACAGGGAGAAAAAAGAGGCAAUAGAGUGGGCAUAAAAUUUAAGCAUUCCCCUUAACUAGUAUCUGCAGCUACUUUCACGUUCUCUGUGAAGAGCAGAGAAGCAGCAUGAUGUGCCAUGACACAAUGGCCAUAACUGUAACCUGACGGGAGUGGACUUAAGUUUUUGUUUCUAUUUGUUUUUUUCUCCUCAGCAUUUUUUUUUUCCCCUAAGAAAUGCAUAUUUCAAUGUGGGGUCGUGCUGUACAAGGUUUUACAGGGCCCAGUAUUCCUUCCAGCAAAUCCAGGCUCUAGAGAUUGUUCAGGGGAGAGCAGAUAAGAAUAAAGUAAAUAGAAAUGCUCAGAAUGCUACUUUCAAGACCUACCUGUUACUUGAAUUCCUACUAGCUACCUAAGUUAUUUCUACUACAUUUUAUUGAGUUUUACAUAGAUAUAAACUGAACUAAGCUGUGUGAAUGCUACCUGCCAUUUAACCCUAAAUCUGAGGAGAAAUCCAGAGAAUUUCUAUGUUGAUUUUUUUUGUGACUUUAGUAUGUACUUACUGAAAAAUAGCACAGACCUUCUGAGUAAGAUGGUAACACAUCAGCUGGCUAUUCCAGAUUUUCAAACUGAAGUCAUUUAUAAAUAUCUUCCUCCUGAAUAUCAUGCACUUGACUCCUGAGACUGGCCUUAUAGAGAGCUCUAAGACAUCUUAACCAUUCUGGACUUCAAAAUUAACCCUUCAUUUUAACCCAAAAACACUAACAACAUGUAUAGUAUGUUCCGAGAGAGUGACUUCUGGCACAGUUUUAUUUCCACUCCUAGUCUUUUUAUACAUAUAUGUCCAUCGUUUUUCAAUCACAAUCCAAUCCAUGCAACAAGAAUGAAUCCUUGGUAAUUUUUAAAUUCACAUUGAUACCUGCCUGAUGUAAACAUACAAGUACAUAUAUUCCACUUUUAACACGUGUACACUAUAGGAGCUCAGAUGAUACUUUAGAGGGAUUGCUUUCUUAGCAGUAAUUUUUCCACUGCAAAUACUGCUGGACAUUACUUACAAAUUUUUCAGUAUUGAAUCAGGUUGCUCUUGGAUCAUCACAUUGCACAAAUGCCUUAGAAGCUUGCCAAACUAGCAUAUAGAGAAGACCUCAUCCAAAACAGUUUAGACAAGGAAAGAACUCACAUGCUUUGCACUGAGCAGAUGCUGAAGUCAGUAGAUGAACCUGAGAGAGCUGCACAAUUAUCUUGAGAUUGGGAAUUUACAAAGAAACAGAACAAGGAAUCUAGCUGUACUGAGCAGUUCCAACAGGAUAACUUAAUUUGGGUUUUCAUGGAAACAUGUUUCUAUGCCACUUCAAUACGCUGUAACUGUAACAAAGCACUUUUUUUUUUAAUUCAAAAUAUAUGUGUAGGACAAAAAUUAAGCCACUGUGGCCUACUUCUGAAUACCUUUUUAAAACUAAGAUUUUUAACAGUGCAGUGCAAUUCUAGCUGUGAAUUAUUCUACUACAGUGAAUGGACUUGGCUGUAUUUUGCUCACAACAAAUUCUACACUGGAAUUUUUUUCUUAGAAUAAACCAAUUUUUUUUAGGUUAAACCAAUCUUUUUAAUUCUGUAAAAAGAACAUGCUGGUCUUCCCUUUAAUAACAAAAAUACAGUUGAUUGAAGCUACAAAACAAAAAAAACUACUCUCUAGUCAAGUGGACAACUGUAGCAUUCCGGAGGAUUCUUUUGUGCUUAUACUGAAAAGUUCUAGGUUUCAUGUUAACCAAUGUGAAAAAUGUAAAUUAUCUUUAUCAUGAUGAAGUUGCAACAACACAUCCUGGGCACUACAUCAACAUUGUAAUAGCAGCCCCUCCCUCAACAGCUUAAAAUGUAAUCAGGAAGAGAGAAAGGUUGGAAAAAUAGCCACAGAGUCAAACCAACUUGAAGCAGUCAUGAAUUAAUCAAUCAAUCAGCCACUCAUUAAUUCAUGAGUUAACAGACCAGGUGCUGGCCUAAAAGCUCUGGGCUAACUUCUCAUUUUGCUUUUUCCCUGCAAAAUCCUGCAUUUUAGUCACUCACCCUUCUUUUCUUCAUGAGUUUAUUCCCAUGACUACUUUUAGAACGACAGGAAGGAAACUAACAAUUGCAAGCUUAAGAUGCUUAAUAACAGGAACAGGAGCCCAUAGAGUUCUAUGUAGCAGGCACUGAGAAGAAAAGCAAUACUAGAAAUGGGGCUCCUUCUUGUAUAGUAGCAGUCCUUAGCACUAUGUAAACAAAGUCUUUACAAUACCGCACACACCUGCCGUGCUGUGUUCAUAUCAUAUGCAGCAGUUGCAUAUGAUCUCUUGCUGUACAAACACAGUCAAGUUGGACAGGCAAAUCUCAUUCUGAAGUAAUACAACAGUAAAAACUAAGAGCAAGUAUCAGUCCAUCAAAUCUGACACAUUAAUCAUGUUUUGUUUGUGUUUUGUUUUUUUUUUCCCCCCCAAAAAAUUGCUAUCUGUGUAAAGCUUAUAAAUGACUUAUAAGCUGGAACUAUAUUUUCCACUCUAAGGAGCUUCAUGGGGUUCUUCAUGAAGAAAGAAUUUCAUGGUAAAGAUUAACAGCACAGAUCAUAAUACGUAGCAUUAUAUAAAGAAGACAGUAGAGAACACAAUGAGAAACUCUUCAAAUAUAAGCGUGGAGCCACAUUUUAACAACUGAAUUGCAAACAAAUGCUUUCUAAAAGAUUUGCUCAGUAUUCUAUCAUACCACAUUAUUCUUUACCUUAUACCUGUUUGUUUGUUUUUUUUUUCUUGAAACUUGGGAACCUUGACAGAAAAGCAGGAUGCUUCUGAAAGCAACAGUUGUCUCCUUCUAAAGGUUGGGGAGCUAUUCUUGUUAUCUCACUUGCCCUCUGUCUUCUGCUCCUUUAGCAACCCAUUCUAGUUUUUCCACUUGUCAUUGCCCAAGGAGCAAGGAAAAACUAUUUUUAUUUGCCUGCUUCUUAUGGAAACUGUGGGCCGCUCAACAACCUUUUGCCCUUUCAAAGAUCCCUUACAUAAUGUGAUACUAGAGAAGGUAAAAAAGGAGCUCAAACACAUGAGGAAGGUGCCUCACAGUUCUUCACCUGGACAGACACAUAUGAAAAAUGUGAAAGAAGGGAUAAAAGGUAAGGGGAAAAAAAGCUUGGCAAAUUUUAAAUGAGGCUCAGUAUUACCUGGUGACAUAAAUACCUCUUUUGGUAGUCUCACUUUAUUCUAAUGUCAACUGUUUUUUAAUAUACAGCCAGAUUUGCAAUGUGUGAAAUGCGCAGUUAACUUUAGCACGACCACGUGAGAGGACCCUUGUCUUUAGGAACUUAAUUAGUUCCUUCACUUUGCAAGAGGGGUUGAAGAGGCAGGUAAAAACACAGAUGUUCUUUCUCCUCUUUCCAAGAACAUUUGAGUUGCUACUAGAAGUAGAGCUUAUGAAGCUUCUAGAAAAAGCAAAGGCCUUACCCAUCCAAUGCCUGUUCAUUCACAAAAGGCAGUACAGUCCUGUGGAACUUGGUGCUCAAAGCUUAGCCCAACCUUCUUUAUAGCCAAUAGACAGAUUUCUCUACAGAGCUCCUCUUCUUCCUUCCCACCAUACUCAAAGCAGCUGUGACACCUGCUAUUAACAAUCUCCAAAUUCUUUAAAUUCCCAGGGUAGAUUAUAGAACUUACCCUGCGAAAAGAAAAAUAAAUGGCAGAUUCAGUAAGAAACCCUAAGAACCUAGUGCAAAUAUUAAAAUGCCUACAGAGUCAGGAUCAAAACUAAGCAUAUUUUCAUUUUUGUCAAGAUUUAAAAAAUAAACGAGAAUUGGAAAAAGAAUGGGAGGCCAGUGUAGUACUCAGAUUAAAAAAGUUGAAAUUUCUAAAUAAAAAUACUGUCAUAUUUCUGGACAGCCCCCACAUCUGAACUGCUGCUCUUAGUAUGUCAGAGAUGCAAUGAAGACUCUGAAUCACUAGAUCUGUCAUACAAAAGUUUUGGCAACAGAAGUCUUAUGCCCACCUAUGGAUGUGUAUAGCCUGAAGGUCCAGCAAAAAAGGGGGUUUCUAUCUGUACAAAUCCUACUGUCAUAUAAUCAUCAAAAAGCCAGUUCUCACAGUAUUUGUGUCUUCAGAUGUCAACAGAGAAAUCUUAGGUAACAAGUCUGGAGAAAAUGCAGAAAAACAGCUUCUGUAGCAGCAAGCCAGCUGUAACACACUGUGAGCCCAUUUUCCAGGUGUCAGUUAGUCGAUGCAGUAAAAGCACUCAGAUGACCCCGUGUCCAUCUCAAAUUCUGGAUGUCCCCAUACCAAAUUCCAGAUGUGAUGUUGAGGCUCCACACAUGCAGAAGCGAGUAUGUCACAGGAGCUAGACACAUCUCUAGCAUCUCUAGCACAGCGCCUUCUGCUGCCUUCCUCCUGCGAGACAGAUGGGAAGCAGUACAGCUCCGGCUGGUAAAGGACACAUCUCCUUCACUAGCGAAUGGGAAUACGCACACAUUAAGAGAGGGAGAGAGAGUCAAAAUAACAGAUUACAAAAGCAAACUCCUGGCCACCGCAUACCAGUACAUUAAGGUAACAGAUUCUGACAGCACAUACCAAAGCCAUCUACUCGCCUUUCCAUUCGCAUGUAUGAGUGUGCCAAAGCUCACUUUUUUUUACAAAACAAAGGGCAAUGCUUCUCUCUGAACUAAAUGCUCCAGGGAGGAUUACACUCUCCUCUUCUUCCAGCAACCACUGCCCCCAGUUCUUCCUUUUCCACACUCCCCUUUUUCAUUAGCCAAUGUUUCUGCUCCCUCCCUCCCUCUCUGCCCAUUAUCUGGCUUUUUCCUUAUCAAGCUAUUACUUCCUACAUGCUAUUUUUGUAGGAAUCCUUUGCUGCUUUCUACACAGCGAUGAAUCCCCACUGCCUGCAGCUUGGGUGUUGUGACAUCCUGCGAUAUCACUUGUACUGGCUUUACUUGAAGUGCCAAGAAAAAGGAAGCACAUGCACAUAUUGACUAAAGACACCAAAAAAUCUUUGUUACUAUACACAAAGACAAGAAAAAGCAGAAGGUAGGCAUUAUGGAAAAAAUAUCUGCAAGGGGAAAAGGGUUUAAGUCAUAAUCUUCACUCCACUUUGCCUUGGCAUGUCCAAAACCAGGCUCUAGAGCCCAAUUUUUCAAACCUCACACACCUUAACACAAGCCUUGCCUCCAAACUUUUUGUUCACUGUUGGCUUGGGGUCACGCACCAGGCUGGCAUGCCAAGCUAGGCAAUAACAAGCAAGUCAAAACCACAGACAACUUCAAACUACAUAUCCCCAACUUUACCCUCCAGGUGCCCUUCGGCCACAGAAAGGGUCUAAUCUAGGUGCUGAUAUCUUGCGAUAGCUAAGUGCUUGAAGCUCUCUGCUGUACAGGAGUAAAUGAAGACAAGAAAACCUCUCUGUGGGUGUGACUUUGGCAUUGCAUUGUAUUCUAUUUCCAUAAACAACCUAAGAGUAGCAGGAGUCCUUUGUAAGGUUUGCAGGGCAGGAAGGGUAUGUACUAUAUGAGUUUACUACUGUACUUCCUCUGAUGGGGGUGAAAUCUCAAAUAGAAAAACCUGUCUAAACUUAUUUUGAAAACUGCAUGGCCAGCUUAUGCAGUAGCUAGAUAUGUGGCAAGGUUGCAGUGUUACUCUCUAAGGAGAAUACAGUAAAUAUGCUUAUAUUUUUUGUUUAAUUCAAGCAUUGUGUAGUCUCCAAGCUCUACUAUGAGAAGUGUGGUAACUUCUCAUUAUACUUCCUAUUUCAAACACAGUAUUUAUCACAGAUGUGUACAAUACGGUGGCAUAGCUUAGGCCUGUUAUAUAGGUCAGUAUCUGCAAUGCACAUGAGAACAUAGUUUGCCACUGCAAAGGAGACUGGCUGCAAAAUCUAUUUUGGAUAACCCAAUUUAUAUUUAAGAAAAUCAAUGUGUGGUCAUUUCUAGAACUGUGAAUAAGGCAACUGCUGCAUGCUUGUAUAUUUGAUGAGUUUUAUUAUACUAUAUCCUUAUAUGAAUGCCUAUGCAGUGUAAAUGCUUUAAUAUAAGAUACUGAAUUUUUUUUACAUAUUAUUUUCUAAAUGAUGCUACAUUUUACUGCAUGUUUGUCCAUUUUCUGCAUUGGUACACAGUGCAAGCAGGAAGACACAAUUUUAAUAACUCACACAGCAGCUCUUCAAAUCCAUUACAAAACCACGUUCUUAUGUAAAGACUUUUAACUUGGCAAGAAUUGUGCUUCCUUUAAACAAUGGGCUUGGUUCAUAGCAAUACCUGUGUAAUUAACGUUUACUUACUUAAAAAGUCACCGAGGACAUGGGGCUAUUGACUGAUGCAAACCAGUAUGACAGUACAUUUUGAUACCUUUGAAAAUGUAACUCAUCUGCACUUGUUAGGAAAGCAGAUGACCCAUCCUGAUUCAAUUUGAAAGCUAAUAUUCUAGUUUAAAACGUCCAAAACUGAGCAGUUACUGUGUUUCAUGCUGCAGAAUGAUAGGCAACACAGAAUUUUUAUUUUUUUUUUUGAAAACAACUUUCUCUUGAACUUAACUCUCUCAAAGUGAGUGAGUUCAUAUUAUUUGUCUGUGAGCUGGGCCCACUGUUUACAGCGUUACUAUACGUAACCAAAGGUCAAUGUACUUAACUGAACUGAGCAGAUUCCUUCUUUGGAAAAAAUAAAAAAAGAGGCUGUCUUUGUUUUUGCUGGGGUUUGGGGUGUGGGGAGGUGUUGCUUGGUACAGAAGAGUGUUGCUGCUGUACCAGUACGUUUUAAACAUAAAGAAAUCACUGGCUGAAAGACCAAUGGUUAAAAAAGCAUUGUCAGUGUUUCAAAGUGGGUAAUAUAUUAUACUGCUGCAAACUAAGUUACCAAUGAUACAACACUAAAUGAAGAAAAAAAACAAUGCAUUAGUUUAAAGCUAUGUAAAUAUUUAUUUUAAUGCCACAGCAUCAUAGCUGUCAUUUUUCACUGCUUUGAUAUCCAAGGAUUCCUAUUACUACACGAAUGUAUUUCACAAGCUUCAUUUUUCAGUUUCAAUACUUUCAUUCAAAGCAAAGUAACUCCUAUUUCUUUGUACUGCACUGAAAUAAAAGAACCUCGUUUCAGUA